AUGAUUACAGAAUACAAAUCGAUUGACACAGUUACAGAAGAGGACCAAGCUGUAAAUUAUCCAGUCGAAUUUCUCAAUUCGUUGGAGCCUCCUGGAAUGCCACCGCACAUACUGACGUUAAAAGUUGGCUCACCAAUACUGCUCCUUCGGAAUCUCAAUACCCCGAAGUUAUGCAAUGGAACCAGACUUUCAGUGAAAAAACUGAUGCCGAAUGUGAUUGAAGCAACAAUAAUUAACGGCAAAUGUAAAGGUGAAGAUGUGCUGAUUCCGCGCAUUCCAAUGGUUCCUACUGAUUUACCCUUUACAUUCAAACGACUACAGUUUCCUGUGCGUCUUGCUUUCGCGAUGACAAUCAACAAAGCCCAAGGGCAGUCUCUGCGCGUUGCCGGAUUAAAUUUAGGAAAUCCAUGUUUUUCGCAUGGUCAACUGUAUGUUGCUUGCUCCAGAGUAGGAACUCCAAAAACUCUGUACGUCUAUACACCAAAUCGAAAAACCAAAAACAUUGUUUACCUACUAGCGUUACGAUAG